GGAUAGGAUUAUGAGCUUGAAAAUUAAUAUAGGCGGAAGCUGUCGGGCCGGUAUUACCUGAAGACCUAUGCGUGGAUUCACAAUUUAUUCGACUAGUCCAUCAUUUCUUUACAGGCAUACUGUAAAUUAUUUCGUUGCUUCGCGACGCCCUUGACGUCUCUUAAAAUCCCGUCAUAUCUCUCUCAUUUAAUUCCGGAGAAUGGGGCAAGGAUCCAAGCGCAAACUGUCGCUCCCUUCGACUAUUUUAACACAGUUGGAGACCCAGCAGUCUUUUCAUUCCCCGGGCAAUGCAAGGCCCAGGAGGCUGCUCCCCAGAAAAGAACAGCGCAAGGCUCUGCGGGUUCAGAGAAGGCAGUCUUGCAAGCCUCGGCCUUCCCCGAAGUCUCCCUUAUAUCCGCCUCCCACAAUCACUUCCUUGCGUAGUACUCCCCCCAGGAGCGACGACGACUUGGAUGACGAUAACUAUAUUAGGUACCAACUCAGUGCCCGCCCAGAGCCGGGACGAUAUCACAGCCAUCAACGUGACAAUACUAGAGGUACCCCUGUGGAUGAAGCGCCCGACGGUCCUCAAGCCUCCAAGUCUGUGCGGCAAAGGCUCGUACAGGAUUAUGCGGAGAUCGACGACCUGGAAAGAAAAUUAGGCCUAAGAGGUCGGAAGUCACUCCCAAAGUCAUUCCAUGACGACGGCCUUGUUAGCCUUUUGGACGGGCUUGUCAGCAACGAGGGAGACGCCAGGGUUGGCUCGAAGAGAAAGUAUGAAGUAGAAGCGGACGAGUGGUUGGCUGAGAAGAGGCAAAAAGGCCGGGAUGCUAUUUUCACACUCAUUCCCAACGGAAACGUCGAUGAUGAUAAGGAUAACAACACCAACGCCGACGCCUGGGGUAACGGCAAUGAUAGCAGAGGCGACCAUGCCAUACCUAGCAACGGGUCUCUAUUUGACUUGGAGGGUAAAUUCAGACUACCAGAUUUCACCAGCACCAGCACCCAAGAUCUCGGAAAUGGCGCCCUAUCGGAAAGCGGUGCGGGAGAGGGCAAAAUUGACUCAAACCAGCGAGGACGAGAAAAUCCUUACGUGGCACCAACUGUUGGUGUUGCGAAAUAUCUCCCACCAUCUCUCCGAAAGCCGUCAGGUCCCAGCAACGAGACAGAAACACAACUCCGGAAGCGCAUCCAGGGUCUGAUUAAUCGACUAACAGAUGAUAAUAUGGUUGGCAUAAUUAUCGACAUUCAGGCUUUGUAUAAUACCCACCCACGACAGACGGUUACCUCCGUCGUAGUGCAUCUCAUCUUAGCUUUGGUUUGCUCACCCGAAAAGCGUCCUGACUCGUUUUUCACGAUGAUAUCUGGCUUUGUCGCUGCGACGCAUAAAGUCACGGGGAUGGCAGCCAGUGCCUACUUCAUAGAACAGCUCGUUCAAAUAUUCGGGCGUCAUUAUAGCCAGGCGCCGAGCGACCAGUCAGAUCCCUACUCAAAGCAUCUAAUUUCUCUAGUAGCCGAGCUUUACAACAUGCAAGUUGUUGGGUGCAACUUGGUUUUCGACUAUAUCCGUCUCUUCCUAAGCAGACUCUCGGAGCUCGAUACGGAGCUGCUUCUGAGGGUCGUCCAGUUAUGCGGUCCAUCCCUCAGGCACGAGGACCCUCGCUCAUUAGGAGACAUCAUGAAUACUAUCAAAGUCUCGGGUUUGGGAAAUACAUCAGCCAGGAUAGAUUUUAUGGUUAACGAAAUAAGAACACUGCAGAAUAACAAGGCAAAAGCCAUAACCCGCAACCGAAAUCUCGUGGACCAGCGGACUCAGCUGAGGAAACGUAUCGGCACUUUAAGCGGCCACCAGCAGGUCCAACCCUUCCGCAUGGGACUCAGGGAUAUACAAGAUGCGCACAAACAUGGAAAAUGGUGGUUAGUCGGGGCGAGUUGGUCUGGGGGUUACGACGGCGCCAAAGGUCGAAGCGGAGUAACAGACCAGACGAAUACCGCAGACAUCGAUAAGGGUCUACGAGCCGGGGACGAGAGUUUGGGUAUUCCGGAUCUCUGGCAGCUAGCAAGGGAGCAAGGCUUCAACACAGAGAUACGACAACGAAUAUUUGUGGCCUUGCACGCAGCUACGGACUACGAGAAUGCCGAACUGCUUAUCCGAAAUCUGAGACUCAACAAGCACCAGCGGAAAGAAAUCCCCGAGAUAAUCGUGCGCAGCGGCGAGCGACAAUCUUGCUACAACCACUAUUACACCUUAGUUGCCUCCAGAUUCAGUCGAGAUCGAGAACUAUCGUUUCAGUUCCGACGCUGUCUAAUAAUACGGCUGAGCAAAAUGGAGGAGGACAUUGAUAAUAAGGACAGAGAUGAUCUGGAUCCCGACAGCGGGAUAGCCUAUGACAUGCGGUGGGUGUAUAACACAGCCAAGCUGUAUGGGUCUCUCGUGGGCAGUCGGUGUCUCCGGUUAGCAGAUGUGGUUAAGUAUCGUAAUCUUACGAUGCUGCAAGGAAACGCUCACGUGUUCUUCGAGAUACUGUUGAUAUCGGUGUUGCAGGAGUGUAAGGGGGGCUUUCCGGAGGUUUUUGGCGGACUCGACGCAGACGAGGCACGAGGCGUUCAAUAUUUCCUACGGGAAAACGUACGCCAGUCGGACCUUUUGAAGAGUAAAAGGGAACGGAAAAUGGUGAAUGAGAGCUGCACUAACGCAGAGAAGGUGCUUGAUGAGAUUCUAACAACGGAAACGUUCAAGUAAAAGAAAAUAGAAGAAAAUAACUACCUACAUCAAGCUGUUAUGUAACGUAGUAAAAGUUAUAUAUAUUUGAUUGAUUUUUAUACUUGUA